UUGCGUGUCAUGUUGCGUGCGCAUGUCAUGGGUCGAAAAUGGCAGACAGCACGAAGAAGGAGAAAAUAGCCGCAGCUAAGAAGAAGUUAAAACAAUUCCAACAGAAGAGCAGUUCUGAAAAAAAAACAAAUAAAGAAAACAGAACAUCAAAUACCAAAGCCGAUCUAGUGAACGCGCAGUCUGAGGAGAAAAAUAGGAGUCAGACAGCUGCCCAAUCUAAACUUCCUGAUUCAAGUGGAAUAAAGAUAAAUCAAUCCACAACUAGCGUUAAAGAUCUAUCAAGUGUAUCCACAGACUCCAAUCAGUUUGAUUGGUUCGAUCCAACCAGAACAACUGCUUCAACAGAGAGUCUACAUCAGCUCUCUCAACAAAUUAAUGGCUUGUUAACGGAGUCACAGGUUUAUAUGAAUGGUGAUGAUGUAAAUAAUACCAGUAUAGCUGAACUGGAGAAAAGAAAUCAAGAAUUAGCAGCUUUAUUAGAAAAACAUUCCCAAGCUAAUGAACAAUUAAACACACAAUUACAACAAACCAAAUUAUAUGCGCAGAAUAUACAAAAUCAACUAGAUCAGGAGAGAAAUGGUUUUGAUGAAAAACAUAAAAAAGAUGUGGGUUCACUUAGAGAACAGUUACAGGUUCAUAUACAAACAAUAGGUAUACUUGUAGCUGAAAAAACUGAACUACAAUCUCAGCUUGGUCAAUCUCAUCGUAUCUCGGAACAAAGAUUACAGGAACUAGAAGAGAUAAGUGGAAGAUUAAAAGCCUCUAGACAAAGAGUAUCUGAUUUAGAGAAAAAUGUCAACUCGUCAACACAGUCUAGUCAACAGCAUGAAAAGUUAAGUAGAGAAACAGCUAAAGAAGUAGACCGAUUAAAAUUGGAACUUUACAAAGCUAAUAAAUCAAAGGAAGAAUAUCAAGAGCAACUCUCAGAAUUAAAGGAAAAAUUAACAGCCAAGGUGUCCGAGUGUUCCGGGUUAGAUCAGUCUGUAUCCAAUCUGAAGAAAAAGUUAGAAAUGGCUGAAUUAUAUGCUAAACAGCUUUCCAAUGAAAAUGAAAAUUCAGAAGAAACUGUACAGAUUUUAGCCGAGUUACAACAGGAAAAAGGAGAUCUAUUAAUGAAAAUACAACAAUAUGAUGAAACAUUCCAGAAAAUGAGUGAAGAAAAAGAACAGAUAUCUUAUCAAUAUCAACAAUAUGUUAGUCAAAUUCAAAGACAAGCUGAAGAUCAGCAUAAACAGGUUACAAGUCUAUCAGAAGAAAGAAAUAAGUUAUUAGCCAGACAACAUGAAUUAGAAUGUGCUGUACAUGAAUUACAACAAAAAUUAGAAAAUAUUGAUGUUCCACCCACCCAUACAGAAGUAGAUAAUACAGAAUAUAAAGACGAAAUAUCUAGAUUAAAAACUGAAUACCAGGAAUUGAUAUCUAGACAUGAAGCACAGAUACGUGAUAAUGCUCAGCUUAGUCGGUUUUUAGAAGAGAAAGAAGAAAGAAUAAAUGAAUUAGAGACAACAGUUAAUACAUUAGGUGAAGAAGCUGGAGAUAAAGCUCAAUUAUUGGAAAGUAUACAAAGUGAUAAAACUGCAUUAAGUCGAGCUUUAACCCAGAAUAAAGACCUUAAAAAUCAACUGGCAGAAUUACAGAGCUGUUUUGUUAAAAUGACAAAUGAUAAUAUGGAAUUAUUAACCAAACUACAGUCUGGAGAACAUCAACAUCAAGAUGUAAUGGCUAAAUUAGGUCGACAAGAAGAUGAACUUACAGAAAUAAAACAACAGGUUGCACGUAAAGAUAGUGAAUUGAAUGAAUUACGUAAUAUGUCGAAAACAAAUCGUAUAGAUGAAUAUCAACAAGAACAGAUAAAUGACAGGUUACAACAUUAUGAAGCUCAGGCACAGUUAGUUGAUACAUUACAGAAUGAAUUACGAGCUUCACAGGAUAUGGUUGAUGCUUUAACAACACAGAGUAGUGAAUUACGUGCUAUGUUAAUUAAAGCUGCUGAAAUACCUAACAAUGAUAAUAAUGAAGGGGAAUCAGAGAAUAAAAGAGAUCAAGUGUUGGAAUCUCUAUCAACUACAAUAAAACAGCUAGAAGAUGAGAGAGGUAUAUUGGUAUCAAAUCUUAAAGAACAGAGAGAAUUAUCUGAUAAACUUAGUGUUAGAGUAGCUGAUUUACAAGAACAAGUUCUAUCCAACAAUCAAGACGAUGCUGAUAAUAAUCGAGUUGGUAGAGUCGAGUUUGAACAGUUAAAAACUGCCAUGACCAUGAUUCAAGAUAAGUAUACUAGAGUAAUGAAAGAUAAAGCUGAUUUAUCUGAUAAAGCUGAUCAGUUAGAACAUUUAGUAACACAAUUACAAGGUGAAUCUGAUACUAUAGGUGAAUAUAUAUCAUUAUAUCAUCAUCAACGAGCUUUAUUACAACAGAGAGAAAGUCAGAAGAAUGAUUAUAUUGGACAUUUAGCUAGAGAUAGAGAAGAAUUACAGGGUAAACUGGGUCAACUACAAGCGUUAGUAAUGCAACUAUUAGGUGAACGUAACAUGUUACACAGUUAUAAUGAAGAAUCUAUAUUACAAAAAUCUACUGAAAAUGAUAUACAGCCACAUUUAGCUCAUAAACAUCAUCAUCACCAUCAUCAUCAUCAUCAAAAUGGAGUACCUAAUGGUGAUGGAGGAGUUGAUUGGCCUGAUUAUACAAGUUCUGAAGAUGAUAGUGAUAGCGAGGUAGAACAAAUAGUGGGAGGAGCUGAGAACGGUGAUGUCACUCCCACCCAACAACCUAGCCCCGCCCCUUCAACUCCUACAUCUGACAGUCAAUCUAAUAAAUCUAACAACAAAGCACAAGAAGAAGAUCAGACAGCACAUAGAAUUCUACAUUUAUUGUCAGAAAUUGGACAUUCAAACUUAGUUGAAAAAGCAUCAUUUAUGGAACGGAACUUUUUACCAUGUAAAUAUUGCAAGGGACGGUUAAUGGUCGUUUAAUGGUAACCAAAUUUAAACUUAUAAAAUGUGAUAAUCUUUUGUGUAGCAGAUAUCUUUUGGGUUAUUUCAUAGCACAUAGAAAUUUGUCACAGGAAUGUGAUAGUGUUUUACUCAGCUGUGAAAAAAAACCCAAUAUCUACCCUGUGUUAAGAAACAACAGACCUUAUAUGUGGGAUCAACUGUGUAUAAAUUGUACAUUAUGUACCUACGUGGGAACUUAUCCAGUGGAUAAUAUUGUAUAUAAGAUAGAUCUAUUUUUCUAUACUCAAAACAUAUGCAUUAACAUACUCUAGUGAGUGGAUUAUUGUGGUGAUUUUUAUAUUGGACCUGUAAAAAAACCUAUUUAUUAACCUGUACAUAUGUGUAUAGGUGGAACUGACAAUAUUUUAUGUAUGGUAUUCGUACUGGGAUUGUUUACAGUGAUAAGUAUACCAAUAUAUAUAUAUACAUUGUAUUUAUAAAUGUAUAAACACUGUGUAAUAUAUGGAAAUGGUAUAUAACUCUUAUUGUAAAAAUAACCACUUCUUAAACAAUGCCUAAAAGGGAAUUUGUGUUUUAUGAAUGAUUGUUUUUUGUUUGUAAUCAUGUUGGUGCUCUAUCUUUGUAUUGAAUGGAGAAAGAAGCUGGUGCCUUCAGUAUAAAUAGAUGGGAUUCAAUUCUAUUACUCUGUGGUUUUCAUUUCUUGCAUCUUCACAUUGAGGAAUUUAUCUUGCAUAUUUGUUAAUGGGUGUUCAAUUCAAACGGUUGUACAUAGAUAUCAUGAUAUCUAGUAUGAACAAUUCUAAUUUUAAUUGAAAUAAAUUUCUUUGGUAAUAAAAAAA